AUGGAGAAACCCUCCCCCGUCUACUUUACGCACGAGAUGGCAGCCAGUGCGUCAUCAUCGAUUGGGACACACGAGCUGAAGGAAUGUGAUAAUGAUUCGGAUGUUGAGGCCACCAGGAAUCCCUUGAAUCCGAGAAACUGGUCCUCGGCGCGGAAGACGAUGCUCUUUGUGUCGCUGAUGACGAGCUCGUUGUUAGCUGAUGGGGCCAUGGUCUGGGGUGAAACGCUGGUCACGGAACAGGCUAUGGAUUGGGAUAUUACCAUCACUCAAUCGGCUACGAGUUUGAAUUAUGGUAUUCUGCUGCAGGGGUUUGGGGGGAUUUUUGCUGUUCCGCUCAUUGAAGCGUAUGGUCGCUUGCCGAUCUGGCUAUGGCCUCAGGUGAUCACCAUGUUCAUGGUGCUGGGUGCUACCCUUUCCAAUGAUUGGUCUACCUUCACGACGUUCCGCUCUUUGCAGGGUCUGUUUGGGACAGUGCCUCAAGUAAUUGGGCUUCCGAUCAUUCAUGAUAUGUAUACUUCGGCUGAAUGGCCGCGGAUGAUCAACAUUUGGGGCACCACCUUCCUCAUCGGACCAUUCCUCGGCCCCGCGAUAGCAGGAUACAUCGGCACCGGGUCCGACUGGCGCACCUGUUUCGGAGUCCUGACAGCCAUCUAUGGCGUGUCCACGGCCAUGGUGAUCCUCUUUGGCUAUGAAACAUAUCAUGAGCCUGGACGAACGACCAACCAGUCCCGCCUCGCGUCUUAUUUUGGCAUUGGCAAUACCCUGCUUCCCAAGGGAUCGACGUUGAGAUAUUGGAGUCAAACAGUCAUGGUCUAUGUGUUCAAGUUUCCGCUGUUGAUGACCGGUGUGUAUAGCCGAUUUAGCUUGCAAUGGCAUUCACUGAUCAGGAUUUUGUCAACAGGCAUUGCGAUAUUGGUAACAUUUACCUGGCCAAUUGGAAUUACAACCACCAUCGAUACCUUCCUGCACAGCCCUCCAUACUUGUUUGAUAUGAUCGGGGCAUCAUCGAUGCGAUUCGCCGGUGUGAUUGGAGCUUUAUGUGGCUGGGCAUUUGGCCACUUCUUCAACGGCUGGAUCUUCAAGCGCCAUAGCUCAACCUGGCAAACCGAGCUCCGCCUCCACGGUGUCUGGUUGCCGAUAGGUAGUAUGGCAAGCGGCCUCCUCACCUACGGACUAACCAUGCACUUCGGCAAGCACUGGAUUGGGAUAGCCAUUGGGUGGAUCAUGGUGAACAUCGGCAUGGUAGCCACAACUGUUGCUAUCUCGGCCUACGCGUUGGAGAAAUACCCGGAGCAGGCGACUUGUGUCUCAGCCAUUCUGAAUAUGUGGCGCACCUGCGGCGGAUUCGCAGUGGGAUACUUCCAGCCUGCGUGGAUCCAGCGCAAUGGGUUCGGACUGGUCUUUGGUAUUCAGGCUGCUAUUGUGUGUGUGGCCGUUGCUUUGACUAUCACUCCUGUGAUUUUGUGGGAGCGGGAAAGGCGGUUGAGAGUUGGAACUGAAGUUGAAGUUGAAGCUUGA